UUUGCCACCUACUUCCCCAGGGUUCUGAAGCAAGUUCACGAGGGCCUGAGCCUCUCGCAGCAGGCCGUGAGCGUCAUGGAUUCGUUCGUCAAGGACAUGUUCGAGCGCAUCGUCGACGAGGCGUCUCGCCUGGCCCGCUCCACCCAGCGCUCCACCAUCACCUCCAGGGAGAUCCAGACAGCCGUGCGCCGGCUGCUGCCCGGGGAGAUUGGCAAGCACGCCGCGUCCGAGGCCACCAAAGCUGUCAUCAGGUUCAACAGACGCGAAUGAGCCGUGAGCGUCUUGGAUUCGUUCGUCAAGGACAUCUUCGAGCGCAUCGCCGACGAGGCCUCUCGCCUGGCCCGCUCCACCCAGCGCUCCACCAUCACCUCCAGGGAGAUCCAGACAGCCGUGCGCCUGCUGCUGCCCGGGGAGAUUGGCAAGCACGCCGCGUCCGAGGCCACCAAAGCCAUCCUCAGGUACACCUUCUGCCAGUGA